AAUCAAUUGGUUUACACUAGCUCGUUAAAAGAUAUUGGAUUAUUACAACCUUAGGUUCAAGUUUGCAUAUGAGGUUUCGCAGCCAUUUGGAGGGUGUUAAGAAAUUUCUCGGUACGUUUGCUGCAAUUGUGGAGUCAUGUUUAAAAGUUGUAAACAGCUGUUCUAAUAACGUCUAUCCGCCUAAUACUUGGUAAUAAUCCAUAACAGUCAAGGUUUGGAAGUCAUUUUGUUUAAAUUGAUGGCAAUCAUUGAAACUGUAUCUAAGUGCUUUGCAGCUUUGUCAUAUUUACUAAUUGCGGUCGCUUCUAUAAUAUUUAUUUCUGUCGGUGGAAGUAUACUUGUAUUCUGUUUGCAGCAUAAACAUGCACUGACUGAAACGAAUAUCUCGUUUCCUGGUUAUAUCAUACUUGGUACGGGUAUUUUACUUCUGUUCACUGGUGCUAUUGGUUUAUUUGCUUGUAUAAAACACAAUCGCUGCUUACUUGUACUUUUUUACACAAUGAUGCUCAUAAUUUUACUUUGCGAACUAGCUCUUCUUAUAGUCUCUAUGUAUUAUUGGCCUAAAGUUAGCGAACAAAUAGCCCACAUGCUUCACGAAGAGUUGAAUAUGUAUGAUAAAGUUGAUGAGAUUCAAAAUGCUGUAGAUAUCCUUCAGUCAAAGUUUCACUGUUGUGGAGUGAACAAAUGUUCUGAUUGGGAAUCUACUAGUUUCUAUAGAACUAACCUUACCUUUCCAAAAAGCUGUUGUGCUGAUUAUAACUCAACAUAUUUGUAUCCGGAUCAGAAAUGCGACCCUUACCAAAUUGGCUGUCUUGAUUCUUUAAGAAGUGAAGUUCACAGAUAUUUGGGUUAUGUUAUUGGAUCCGCAUGUACCUUUUUCCUACUGCAGCUUAUGGGGUUGCAUAGUACAUGCAUUAUCAUCUGUCGAUCACAAACUAUCCACCAUUGGCGUAAUGAUGGCUACAUUAAUAUAUAAUUCAUGAUUGGUUUCGGCUGGUCGUAUGCUUCACUGUCCAACGAAAGCAAACUGUUUAGGUUAUGAAAUGUUCAAUGUCCAAGUACACGCUAACUUCACUCUGCUUAGAUCUCUCAUCCAUUUUAUCAUCAAACUAUUCAGUAUGAAUUUCCUAUAUUUAUUUCAUUGAUAUUUUCUAAUUGAUUAAAGUAUCAAAUACAACAGUUUUUUAGA